UAUUUAUAGUUUACCCUCCAAUAGAUAAUAUAUAGCUAUAUUUGAACAGUUUUUGUUUUUUUUCUGCCCACAUUUUAACAGAGCAGUAAAUUGAAUUAUUAAUUGUUGUCAGUUAGCGGCUGAGUAUGGAUUUGUGAUUAUCGAUUAUUAAUGUGUUCUGUGUCAAACUCCUUUCUUUGUAUCUAUUAUGCAUUUUGUAUUAUAUUCAUUAUUAUGCUUAGUAUUUUUAUGAAUAUUUUGUAAAUAUUAUAUACAUGAAGUGCAAGAUGUUUGUUUUGAAAAAUGCAGAAGAAUUAAAUCAAUUAUUUAUGAGAAAUAAAGAUAUGAGUAUGUUACUAGAUGAAAAAGAUAGAAAUAUAUUGCAUGAGUUUAUCAAUGAAUUACAGAUAACUAAAGAUAACUGUUUAAGUCUAUUAAAAACUUUUUUAACACUUCAAGAACAUAAUUAUUCUAUUGAAAUAAUAUGGCUAUUACAUACAAAACAGAUCAUUAACUUUGCAGAAUUUAUUAAAUGUUACCAAUGGGAUCUUGAUCAUAUAGUUAAAACUCUAUUAAUAAUAUCUGAAUCAAAUGAUAAACUAAAUCAAACAAUUUUGACUGACUUAUUAACCAGUCUAUUAAUUUUGUUAUCUGGAGAACCUAAUCAUCAAUUUGAUCAACAUAUACGUAUCAUUCAAACAUUUUUAAAACAGUCUAGCUUAAUGAUUUUAAGAAAACCUGAAACUUGGGUUUAUUUAAAGAAUCUUCAAUUUUCACCUUUUCUGAUAAAAUCAACAAUUCAUAAAGUAUUCAAAGUAGUGCUGAAAAACAUGUUAAUGGCUGAUAUUGAUUUCCAUUUAGAUGUUGCAUAUGAACAAUACAGGUUAUAUAAAACUCCAGAUCCUGUACAUAAUAUGCUUUUAAUGAUUUUGGAUGAACUUGAUGUAGAUGUUUUGUAUUCCUUGAUUAAUAAUGUAGUCACCCUAGAUGCUCAAAAGGCCAAUUGGAAAAUGAUAUUGUCUUUAAUAACUACUUUUGUAAAAAAAAAAUCCUACCAUUCCCACAUAUUAAAAUUAAAAUUAGAAGAAUUAUUUAAUCAAACUUUAUGUAGUUCAAGUACAAAUAAAGAUUUCUUGAAGUGCAAAGCUACUUUAUUAAUUUUUCGCCAUUGCUGUUUAGAGAUUGGUUUGUGGUCAGAAUAUAGCAGAUGGUAUAGCUCAUACAAACCAAAUGUAGAUACUGCUAAAGUUUUCUACUCUUUACUAACUGAACUACUGCCUAAUGACUUACCAGCUGCUUUAGCAGCCCAUACAAAUGUUCAACCCAAACUAACAGAGUCUUGUUGUAAUAUACAAACUGAAUAUGUCAAUAAAGCACAAGCCCAACUUACCAAAAUAAAUAACGGACAAGAUUUUAUGGGACUGUUUAAAGACUAUGAUGAUUGUCAAAAUCGUCAUGAAGCCGAUAUUGUCAAAGUACUUGAUUCAUUUAAAUCUACUGGUCAAAUAAUGCGAGUCGUUUUAGAAGCAUUUGUUUUUAGAAACAAGUACUUUGUUGGUACAUUUCUUAAAACUUUAAUGGAUUCCAAGUUGGUAGACGAUCAAUUACGAAAUAGUUUUAUUGAGAAAUUAUAUAGUAUGAAUAAAAUUCCUAAGAACGUGUACAACAAGUGGAAACAACAACAAAAAAGCAUAUAUUUUUGAUAAAAUCUUGAAUAAA